AUGAAACAAGGCUCAGUUGUCAUUGUGACAGGGGCCAGUAUGGGAAUCGGGGCUGCCAUUGUCGAGAAACUACUUGAAAAGCAAACUAAAGUCGUCCUUGUCGAUAUCUCGGAAGGUCCUCUGCAGGCUCGUCAGGCAACCUUUGGGGCGGACAGGGUACGAUAUGUAGUUGGGGACGUCAGCAAAGACGAUGUCAACAGAAUGGCUGUUCAGGUCGCGCUCGCCACUUGGGGAAAGCUCGAUGCUAUUGCCUUGAAUGCAGGUAUCAUGGCACCGGUGAAAAGACUUUGUGACGUGUCAUCAGAAGAUUGGACGAGAAUAUUCAAUGUCAACGUUGUUUCUCAGGUAUCGAUGCUCAGCGCAGCCAUUCCCCAUCUUCGCAAACAGAAUGGCAAGGUGAUAUUUACUUCAUCAGACGCUGGGGAGAAGCCAACAUUCGCGAGUUGGGGAGCUUAUGGAGCAACAAAGGCUGCAGUGAACUAUGUCAUAAAGACGUUGACUCUGGAAGAAGCUGAUAUCACUGCUGUGGGUGUAUAUCCGGGAGUUGUCAACACACCUCUCGUCCAAGGCAUCUUCAGGGGCGAAUACAAUUCAGGCAUGAGUGAACAAGAGCUCAAAGUCUAUAUGGACAUCGUCAAACCGAGACUUGUUGAGCCUCAUCAGCCAGGAUCCGUUAUAGGCAAUCUGGCUCUCUCAGCUACUGCAGAUUUGCGAGGAGAGAUUCUCUUCUGGGAUGAUCAAAAGUUGUCAGCUUUCCUAUAA